CGCGGAGGGAGGCGCGAGCUACGCGGAUAGCUGCCGCUGCCAGUAUUUAAUUAUUUAUUCGCCGCGCGAGCCGCGGGCCGGAGGUCGGUCGUGACUGGAGACGAGCGUGCGGGGCCGGUCUCCCCGUCUUGUGUUGUUGUAUCGAGUCUGUACCCGGUGUUAUAAGUGACUAUUAUGAGCGACAGGGAUAGAUCGUCGCCUUCCCUCACGGACACCCCGCUGAAGACGUACAUCGGCCGGCACGACGACGACUACCCCCUUAUAAACGGAAACGGUGAGCACCAUCUAUUAGCUUCAAAGAAAACUUUUUGCCGAGAUUUCCUGAGCCACGGGGCUAGUUUCAACAAGAAAUACGGCAAGUCGGUGAACAGUAAGGACCCGCUCGAAGACAAGAAAGAUGACAGUGACCUGUGGGAGGCGCAGGCCGCUUUCCUCGGGCCAACGCUAUGGGACAAGACGCUGCCCUAUGACCCCGAUCUCAAGUACGCGGACCUAGACGAGUUCCUGUCGGAGAAUGGCAUGUCGGGCGAGGGACUGGGUGGCGCUCACCUCGGCGGCUCGGCCUUCGGGCCGGCGCUCGGCCUGCAGGCGCCGGUCACCAAGCGGGAGCGCUCACCUUCACCCUCCGAUUGUAUGAGUCCAGACACCAUCAACCCGCCGCUCUCACCCGCCGACUCCACGUUUUCGAUGGCAUCAUCGGGACGUGACUUUGAUCCCCGGACGCGCGCCUUCUCCGACGAGGAGCUCAAGCCGCAGCCAAUGAUCAAGAAGUCCCGGAAACAGUUCGUGCCUGACGACCUGAAAGAUGACAAGUACUGGGCACGUCGGCGGAAGAACAACAUGGCGGCGAAGCGGUCCCGCGACGCACGCCGCAUGAAGGAAAACCAGAUCGCAAUGCGGGCAGGGUACCUGGAGAAAGAGAACAUGGGCCUGAGACAAGAAGUGGAGCUACUUAAGAAGGAAAAUCACAUCCUGCGAGAGAAGCUCUCGAAAUACGCGGAUGUAUAGGCGGCCCGCGCCCCCCCACCACCCGCAUAGCACAAACACGCCACACGACAUGUCGCGGGCACUCCCCGGCGCGCCGCCGGUCGGGCCCUGCGCCCCCGCGCCCCCGCGCCCCCACUCGCCUCGCGUCGGUCGCGCCGUGCCAGCCUGCUGCUCGUUCAUUUCCCUAGUGGGGCUGCUUCGGCCGCGAGCUCAUCGAAUGUUGCAGGAUCGCCGCGACCCUUUGUCCACCCGCUGUCGUCCAUGUUGACAUGUUAAGAACGAUAGUGUAGCUAUUCGGUGAUCUCGUUGGUCUACUUUGUAACUUGUUCGACUAGUAGGUUUAAUUGUUAUUGCAGUUACCGUAAGUUUAUCUGCUUAGUUUAAUAGGAGAAUCUUAACCAAAGUUCCGUUCGAGCUCUUGAUCUAUCGUCGUCUCUAAUUCCUUCUCUCGGACUCGGUCCGACACUCAACAGGGUUAGUCAACGACGUACGGACCAAAUUUAUGAAAAAUUGUUAUUUGUGAACGGUAUUUGUGAGCCGUCCCGAGCGCGCGCCGGCGCAGUCCGACCGACUGCGACUGCGGUGUUAUUGUAAUAAGUUAAUGUUGUUGAAUAUUUAUGUAUUUCGAUACCGGCCACGGCGGCGGUCGCGUGUUUGCUCAAGUGGCUCGCGUACGCAUGCGCAAGUAUAGUGGCUGCGUCUGUAUAUAGAUAGUUUUAAUAGGGCCCCGAGCCGGCCCCGGGCACUCGAACCUACUCGAAAUCUGUAUUAUAAACGUUGCUGUUGUAAACUCUGACUUCGUCCGUCCCACGUCUCACAAGAUGUACAUCCCGCGCCCCGGCGGCUCGCGGGCCGCUCGCGCUAGCCGGUGUCUCACUCUAGCUCGCUUCGUAGGACUGCUCCAGAUGAGAUUAGCUCCUGCCGGGCACCCGGUGCCCUACAGUACCUUCUGUCGAUUCAGUAGUGAGCGAACACUAGUUUCGUUUCAAAUUUACUUAGUGGAUAGUUUAGGUAGUAUGUAGAUUCCGUAGCGUAGUUGUCAUUAGUCUAUUUUUGUUAUGGCUGUAGAUGUUAAUGUUUUUGAAAGUUUAUAUAAUUUUUUUUAGUUGUAAAGAGACUCGCAUUAAUGUAUCGAUUGGGUAGAACCCACGGACAAAAUGAAGGAAGCGGUAGGCGCGAGCGCAGGCGGCGGACCGGGCCGCCCCGCGCAGCCGGCGCCCGCGCCGCUCCGCCCCGUGCGCCGUCGCGACUUACGCACUGAUGACGUCACCCAGACGUUUCCCCGCACUCUAUUUGACUCGUGCUAAUGUCAUAAUAUAUUUUUGUAGGUUUUUGUCGUUGAUAAAUAAGUCAAUUGAAUGUUUAUUGAAUUGAAAGAAAAUAAUGUUUAUAAAGUAAGACUAAGAAGUUGUUGCAUUUGAAAGUAUUUUAUGGAUACAAAGCGAGAACAAUAAAAUGUUUUUUCUAUAAAAGUUUACAAGUGAGGGUUUCUAUACAUAGGUGUGACGGUUGAACUUUGAAAUGCACUGUUUCAUAUCAAACGAUAUUAUUGUAAUAAAACUUAAUAUACUUAUGGCCGCGCCGCGCGGCAUUUGAUAUUCCAUCUUGUUUGUUAAAAAAUAUACAUCGGAUUAUGCAAUAAUGUGUAUAAAAAUAAUGGUACCUAUACAUACAUCAUAAUAUACUUGUUUUCCCCAAAAAUUAUAACAUGAAUAUAAUAAUGUAAUUAUAUUAAGGUAUCGUGAUAAGAUGGAGUCGUAUGUAAGAAAAUAGCAGGGUGGUGGGCGCGGAGGCGCUAGGCGGAACGUUUGGGCGCCACCGCGCCCGCGGACCGCAGCGCCCCCGCGGCCCAUGCGCCUCCACUGUGCUGUCUUAUUAUUUAUUUAUUUUGUUAUGAAGCGCGCUCUCGAUGAGAGGCUAUUUGUCUGUUCUACACUUGUCUACAUUGCAACAACAUAAAACCAUAUUGUUUUACAUGUACGCGUAGUAUUUUGUUUGAAUUAAUUUAUAUAUGGUUCUAUGGAUUGAAAAUAAAUGUUAAUUGUUGUAUUUAUGUUUAGUUUGAUUUGUGGUGCAUGCGAGUCGCGAGUAGUGCGCCGCUUGCCUGUUGUACCGCUGACACGUUGUCUCCAUCGGUGUUUAUGUACCUAAAUAAAUAAAUCAUCGAUAUGUUACCUUGCGCAUGUCACGAGUUUUCAUUAUGUCCUGUCCUGU